UUCCCCCCCCCCAGGCUGUUCGAGCACGUGGACGAGGCGCUGCUUUCCCGCUCGCCGUUCCCGGAGCUGCGGGCGCUGCUGGACAACUACGAGGCGCCGUGCGGGGUCGCGGAGGCGGUGACGGCGGAGGAGGAGCGCGAGGAGGAGCGGUUCCUCGACGCCGUGCUCGGCACCGACGUCAUGGGAGCGCUCCUCGACAGCGGGCUGUGGCGUUCCCGCAGCGCGCUCCGGGAGGCGCUGAAGCUGAUGUGGUUCGGCCGCUACUCGCGCUCCGGCGGCGCCGCGCUCGACUCGUCCGGAUUCGAGCACGUGUUCGUCGGUAACGAGACCGGGACCGGGACGGGGGCACAUGGGGACAUGGGGACAUGGGGACAGAGGGGGACGUGGGGACAUGAGGGGAUAUGGACACACAUGGGGAUGGGUGGGACAUGGAGACAUGAGGACACGGGGACACAUGGGGACAGCUGGGGACACGAGGACAUCUGGACACAUGGGGACACGUGGGGACAAAUGGGGAC